CGAAACAGAAUGCGCCGUAGAGUCAGCCGGUUAUCUUGGUCGGUUUGCGAUGUAGAGUAUUAAAACAGCAUGAUAGUAGUACACUCCAUGUUUUAUAAGGCGUGAGACGUGAAAAAAAUAACGCGAUGUCUAAUAUCAAUGUGCGCAUUUAAUAUUAAUAAAUUUAGUUUUUAUCAAUGAAAAUGUGACCACACGAACGGUAUCAUCGAGUGCCUAAAUGUUUUAUGAUUUUACUGAUAUAGGUAAAUAAAAAUGAAGUGAAACAAAAUCAUGACAGUUCUACUUUACGAUUACCGAGAGUUGGAGGAGCGUGCCGCUAGACAUCUAAGAGCUUGGAAAGUAUGGCAUCUGAUACUCUUCUCCUUGGCUGCCAUCUUUGGAGUAGUAAACUAUGUAUUACUACAAAAUGCAAUGCAGUUGGUCGACAAUAACUGCGUACUGUUCCCUCGUCUAUUAGAUUUCCACAUGGUGGACCAAACAAAUGCAAACACUACGAUUAUAUUAGAGUUUAUGAACAAUUACGAAGAUAUUUCUAAGGAAAAUUCUCAUAAGAAUCUUGCGCCAAAUGAAACGGUUGCUCAAGAAACCCUCCAUGACAACUCAACAGAGAAGUUACUAUCGAAAAGGGAAACAAUUGUUGAUAAUGAAACAAUGGAAAGUUUUGAAACAACGAUAGAAAUCGGAAACGUGACUAUAGUAACAGGGAAUAAGACACAUCGAUUGGUGCUAGAUACGACAAGAACGCUUUUCGCUUUGGAUAGCGAGUGUCAGUUCGCUGAGUAUAUGCCGAUAAUGGCAACCAUGUGUGCAUUGGUUUGGAUCACAUUUUUCACCAUGUGUCCCGGUGGCGGCAGACCAAGAUCUGGUCUAAAGCAACCAUGGAGAAUCCUCACGCCGGCAUUACUAUUUGCCCUGGUACUAGUGGCGUUGACCGGUCACAGUUUCGCUCGCACCAACGGUGGACUGCAUGAGUUCUGCGCUGCUUUCGUCAACGUUACCAACUCAACUACUUGUUCGUCCGUGGAGCCAUAUUUAUACAACAACUGGAAUACAACAUGGGGUAUGGGUGCGCGCGCGGCGAGCGUUCGGGCUGCAAGCGCAGCGGUGUGGGCUUCGUGGACAUGCGUCGCAGCACUACUCCUCGCUAGGUGCUUGACUGCACCAGACUUUAAUGUCAAGAAAACCGGAGUUUACCUCAUCAAAGAUCCGCAAGGAAAAAUUACACCACACCUGAGCAAGUCCGAUAGCAGACGUAUGAGACGCUCGCCACUCGAGUCUCCAUCGCAUCAGGAGGCAACAUCUAUGAAGUCCGAGCCUACCAGCAUCACGGAAUUGCCAACAGUAUCUGCAUAUCAACAACAAGAUUCCGCGCCAACCUCCCUAAUGACCACUCCAAUAAAGAAAACUGAAAAUACCGACCUAAUAGAAAUGACUUACACGCCUCAAGAGAGGCGGCUUGAUUGAUGAUUUUUCAGUAGGUAUUGUUAAAAAAACCUCCCUCUUUUUUUAAAGCAUCGGGGAAAUACUUUACACACUAUUCCUGCCACCGGGUGAUCCUUAGAA